AUCAAAUUUUAAUAAAGUACAGAUUAAUUUUACGUCUACUGCAGUGUAACGUUGUAAUUUUUUUUACAGGAAAAAGAAGUUAUCUAAGCAGUUAAUGCAAAGCGAGAUGAUUCUAUCGCAAAACAUUAAAAUCCACGAACGCGAAACAAAAUUCAUGUUAUCAAAUUCAAAGCAAGAUCCUUCGACUAACCCUAAUGAACAUUUCCUAUCUCGAGCAACUACGGAAGUAUUGCCGAUCGUUACCGCGAACGAGGAGAAGAAUGAGAUGUCUUUGCUAAUAAAAGUGAAAGAUUUCGAAGAUUAUGUCAGACAGGCAAUACAAUUCGGGUUGCUCGAUAAGCAAUACGAGACGUUUCCAAAAGGACAAACUCGACCGUCAAAUUAUGGUAAAUUACAGCAGAAUAAAUCUAAGAAUCGAUAUAGAAAUCUUGUUGCGUAUGACAAAACGCGCGUGAUAUUGAAGAAACUUCCGGAUGACGCUCACUCCGAUUACAUCAAUGCUAAUUACAUCACCGGCUACAAGAAGGAAAAGCAAUAUAUAGCAACGCAAGGACCCAAACCUAAUACGGUCAUCGAUUUUUGGCGCAUGAUUUGGCAGGAAAACGUUCUUAUUAUUUGCAUGUUAACAAAUGUGGUUGAAAAUGGAAAAAUUAAGUGCGAGCAAUAUUGGCCGGAUAUUGGGAAGACGAUGAAAUAUGGCGACAUUAUUGUGCUAAAUGAGAAGCAUAAUGUUUUAGCUGAUUAUUGUUUUAGAACUUUCCAUGUCACUUGUGGAGAGGAAACUCGAAAGAUAGAACAUCUGCAUUACAUGGCUUGGCCGGAUCAUAGUGUGCCAUUAUACACGUACUCGGUGGUAACGUACCUGAAGAAACUCUUGGCGACACCACGUGGAAACGGACCCGUGGUAGUCCACAGCAGUGCUGGCGUUGGAAGAACCGGGAUCAUCAUUUUAUGUGACAUUUGUCUCCAUCGAGCAGCGGCAGAAGGAUUGGUUGAUGUUUUUGCCGCAAUGGCGUCCAUUAGAAGUGAAAGAGUUAAUAUGGUGGAUAAUAAACAGCAAUAUCUGCUAGCGCAUUUGGUACUAGUGGAAUGUUUGCUUUCUAUUCAAACGACAUUGCCACGUAAUGAGAUGUUACUGACUCGAAUCAAGGAGUUAAAGAAACAAUUGCCGAUUCAACAGCAAAGAUUACAGAAUGUGUGGCAAGAUGAAGUCCUGCGACAAGUUACGUCUUCACCACUGUUGUCGGAGCGUAGCCGAGCAGAAAACAGAAUUCCGGAAUUAAUUUUAGAUAAGACCAGCAGAAUAUAUUUGAAGAAAUACCCGGCAUCGGACGAAGGCAGCGAUUAUCUCUCCGCCGUUUACGUAGACGGAGUAAAACUUCAGAAUCAGUAUCUAGCCACGCAGCUUCCUAUGCCAUCAACGAUUAAUAAUUUUUGGCAAAUGAUUGCGGACUUUAAAGUCAAACUAAUUCUCAUAUUGCAGCCGCCUGAUUUUCAGGAUCCUACUUGCUGCGCCAUCGCUCCUGCAAGCGGCGAGUUUAAACCAACCUCCCAUUUAAAUAUCAAAGUGAAGGAAAUUGUAAAAUUGAAGUAUUAUACGUCACAAAAAUUGCUGCUCGUUGAUAAUUCCAAGAAACCCUCGAGAGAACAAUUUGUUACUAUAUUGUGUUUGACUGAAUGGAAAUCUGGAAGGGAUCGAUCACCGCCGCCGGUUAUAACAAUGGUGACCUUUUGGCAAGCUGCGGAAAAAAUAGCGAAAGGCGAUUAGCCCAUUGUCACGCUUUGCUACGACGGAGUAACUGGAUGUGGUCUCUAUUUAGCAUUGAGUUUUUUACUGGAACGAAUGGCUGUUGAAAGAGAAUGUGAUGUUUAUUUGGCGGUACGAGCUGUUAGACGAUCAAGAUCAGAUUUUGUUUGUUCCAUGGAACAUCUGGAAUACCUGUAUGAUGCAGCAGUAGCAUAUUUGGAAUACUUUAAUUGAAACCUACACGAAUAAAAUAAAAAUAAUUUAUUAAUUUAAGGUAAUAAAACGACGUUAUAUUGUAAUAAAAA